AUGGGCAUACCUUACCCUUCAACCAGCACUCAUUACCCGACCCAGGUCUACAGCCUCGCAUCUUUCCUCGUCAUGUCUACGCCGCCGGUGGUCAAAUUCAUUACUGGCAACGCCAACAAGCUGCGGGAGGUCAAGGCCAUCCUGGAGCCUGCAAUCACGGUACAAAGCCACGCUGUCGAUCUGGAGGAAGUCCAAGGCACAGUCGAAGAAGUCACCCUAGCCAAGUGCCGCAAGGCCGCCGAGACUAUCCAGGGACCUGUUCUGGUCGAAGACACUUGCCUCUGCUUCAAGGCUCUCGGCGAUCUUCCUGGCCCGUAUAUAAAAUGGUUCAUGGAAUCCAUCGGCCACCAGGGUCUCAACAAUCUACUAGUCGCUUAUAAGGAUAAAUCUGCUGAUGCUGUGUGCACAUUUGCCUACUCACCGGGUCCUGGACGCGAGCCUCUCCUUUUCCAGGGACGGACCAGAAACCAGGGCAAGAUCGUGCCGCCUCGAGGCCCAGAUGACUUCGGAUGGGAUGCUAUUUUCGAGUAUGAUGGUCAGACCUACGCCGAGAUGGAUAAGGCGGCGAAAAAUAAGAUAUCCCAUCGCGGCCGUGCUCUUGCGAAGCUGCAGGACUGGUUCGCUCAACAGCGAGCUGAGUGA